AUGGACCCCAUCACUGACUUCCUGGAAAGCGGCAAACUCCCUGAGGACGAGAAGGAAGCCAAAGCGUUAAGAAGAGAAGCCGCCAAAUACACGGUCAUACAAGACCAGCUAUUCAAAAAGGGACUCAGCCAACCUUUGCUGAAGUGCCUACACCCCGACCAGACGGACUACGUGGUAACUCGAUUCAGCAUCCCGGAGAUCAUCAUAUCGGAUAAUGGGACACAGUUCACUGAUAAGAAGUUUGCAGAAUUUCUCACCGGCUUGGGGAUAAAACAGAAGUUCUCCUCGGUUGAGCAUCCCCAGACAAAUAGACAAGUGGAGUCCACAAAUAAGGUUAUCUUAUUAGGUCUCAAGAAGCGUCUAGAUAGCAAAAAAGGCGCAUGGGCCGACGAGCUCGCCUCGGUCCUCUGGUCCUACCGAACAACCGAGCAAAGUUCCAAAGGAGAAACCCCCUUUCGCCUAACAUACGGAGUCGAUGCAGUGAUACCUAUAGAGAUCGACGAGUCGAGCCCGCGGUCACUCCUCGCAGGAGUAGAAAAAGCAGUAGACAAAGAUCUGGUAGACGAGGUCAGAGAGAUGGCCCACUUAUCAGAGAUAGCGCUAAAACAAAAAUAG